AUGGGGAGAUCGUCACCACCAUUCCUUUAUGAGCGUCCGUCUGCCUACAGCUUUAAAGGUCCGACCGACCGCGGCUUUAACCCAAGGGCCGCGACAGAGGCGAGCUGGACUCGUCCAGCAUGCAAUUCCACGAAAGAAGAACCGCUAGUGAAUUUGAACCGCCAUCCUGACACGUGGGGUUUCUUCAACACGGUCAGCUCGUUUACACCGAUGAGCCACAAAACAAAGAAUCGGGUCAAGUAUGCACGAUUAACUCAGCUUGCACUUCGUUUCCUCACUCUUUUGGGGGCUCUCGGGUCCCUGUUCUGCUCUGUCGUUAUAAAGGGAGCUGCAGUGGCUGUCAUCUGGAUCAUUCGCGCCGGCCCCAUAGUUGCGGUUCUCCACACGACAUAUGCCAUCUACCAUCAUUCACGAUCUGUUCUUAACCGCCCUGCAGGUUCUCAAGCGAGCUAUGGACUAUUCGCUGCGAUACUCGACUUGGGACUCAUCCCAUUCUGCGUGUUUACUGCGUUUAUGGCGUAUGGCGAAUGGAAUUCCAACGUAUACCAUUGGAGAACACUCUUCAACGAGAGGGACUUGACUUUCAAACUGUCCGAGGCCACCUUCGUACUGGCUGUCGCAAAUGGCGCGUUGCACCUCGUCUCCCUCGCCAUAUCGGUAUUCUUGGCUGUCACAUUCCGGAAAAUCUCCCGCCUGCCGCCUGAUAUGAAUCCGCUUGAAGACAAUUUGACCGCACGUCCCCGUAAGAGCCAUCAGGAGACUCAAAUAGAGGAGAAACAUCUCAGCCAUUUUACCGUGGAUUCCAAUUUUGAGGAUCCGCUCAUUGGAUCCCCUCGCAGCGUGCCUUUCAUGCACACACGAGAGCAGUCUUCCGGUGGUAAUUCGAACAGUGAGUCAAUGGGUAUGCUUGAAGAGCAGCCGCAGUCACAUCCUUCCGUUUAUCAAGACCGCCUAUCCCACUUGGAAUCUCCAACAGUACCUUGCAUGGAUCCCUCCAGCCCGGAGACACUAUUCCAACAAACCGCAAGCCAGCCCUAUGACUUCACUUCACAGACAGCUGCCCCGGAAUAUCGAAAAGUUGCCUCCCACGCCCCCGAAAUCAUCGAUGCCACUGCUCAAAUGCGUCGUCUGUCAUCACGUACUGCCGAUCGAUCGGAAACCGUCAGCCCGUUUUCCGACAAUUGGGUGGCAUACUCUGAGCGGUCUAUAUCGCCAAUGGGUGAGACACAGGACGAGAGUCCAGCUGCUCUUCGUCACUCUUCCUCUGUCUACAGCCAAAACACCUACAAGACCAGCCCGACCACUAGUAGUGGCAUCCGAGACUGGUUUGUUUAUGGCUACAAGCCGGAGCCAAGGAUUGGAAGCGCUAUCCCGGAAGAUGUGCGCGGUGAAUAUACGUCGCUCGCCAUGCAUGAAUUCUAUGGCCUUGAUGAUGGCCGCCGUGAACAAGAUGUGGGCGAUCAGCGCAUGGAUAUGUUCCCAGAUCCAGAAGAUCACAGAGACGACUUCGAUGACGAACGUGAUGGUUACAUCCCAUUCAAUCCGCUCAUGCUUAACCCACCCACCCCGCAGCCUUUUCCGAUAGAAAAGCCCGAGAACAACGACCCCGCGCAGCACGUUAUCUUAGGUGAUAGCCCCAAUCUAUCAUAUAAUGCACAGGCACAGCCGGUUUCGGUUUCACACGAGAGCCCCAAGCCCACUUCGCCCAAGACCCGAUUCUAUGGCGAUCUGGAUGUAGAUGGCAAGCCUGGAUUGGCUGUAUCUCGCGAGCCAAGCGAACAGAUUGUCCGCAAGCCUACCAAGCUUACAAAGAAACGCAGCAGCAAGAUGUCAGCUUAUGAGGCUCUCAAGAAGAACGACAACGACAACGACGAAGAAAAUAAAUACCUCUCAACCAGGAUGCCUAUUUCGCCUCGUGCCGCCGAAAGCGACCGCAAGGGCCGUGUCGUGAGCAACACCGGUGCCGACGCCGCUCGGCCUGGCAAUGCAGACGGAGUUGGUGCAUCCUUAUCCUCAUAUGGAAGUUAUAUCGCCGGUCUAGGUGUUGGACGCCGCCGCGAUGUGAGCGGCAAGGUCGCCGAAGAAGGGCGCAGUGAAAAAGUUCUCGAUGAGCAACCUGCCCACAACCAGAACGAAAGCCACAACAGGAUUCCGAGCUCUUCGCAAAAUCGGGCUGCAGGAUGGGCUCGGUUCGCCGGACUUUGA